UGCUGACGUGUCGGCUCCUUCAGCUCGCACUGCUUCAUGCUCCAGCAGCAGAGUUAAGCCAGUCCACAGAAACUGCCAGCAUGGCAGCAAAACACUUCUACCGACAGGGCCUUUUACUACUUUUAUUUAAUUUUAUUUCAACUUCAGCCUUGGAAAAAAGGUUCUCCGACUUUAAGAGAUGCGCAGAUGAGGAAUGCAGCAUGCUUCUGUGUCGGGGAAAAGCUAAAAAAGAUUUCUCUGGACCAGACUGUCGGUUCCUGUCGGUCAAAAAAUCUGAAACUAUCCAUGUAUACUACAAACUGUCAGGCAGAAGGACUGACCUAUGGGCCGGAAGUGUUGGAAGUCACUUUGGCUAUUUCCCAAAUGACAUUCUUGCAGUUAACCACCUUUAUACAGACAAAGAAAUUGAAGUUCCAGCUGAGGAAACAGAUUUUGUCUGUUUUGACACUGGAUUUGAUAAGUUUGACAAUUACGACGUAGAUUUACUGUUAGACUCUUCACUGGAGGAGAAUGAUGGUGAAAAUAAGGGAACAUCUGACCAAAUCCAAGUGGCAGAGGGCGUGCAGAAAGAAACGCAGCCAUCAGCAGACGAGGCAGCUGACAGUGAAAAACAAACUGAGCAUCGUUCUACCUCUGAGGAGCUUGAUAAAGUCCCAGAUGAUGAAAGUGCCUCUUUACCUGAACUUGACGUGGCAACUGAAUCACCUUCUACAAAAGAAGUAGAGACCGAUACAGCAGCUACACCUGAUGCUACUGAAAGAGCUGCAAAGGACGCAGAAGUUGAGAAAAACGCAGUGGAGGGCAACAAUGAUUUUGUUCCAGAAAACGAGCCAGUCUCGAUUUCGGAAGGAGUGCAAAUCCCUGUGUUAAAAACUACCCUUGGAACAACUUUUGAUGCGGUCACUAGCGAUGAAGAAAUCACAAAGAACGUUACUCCAUAUGAAGAGGAGGAAAGGGAAUAUGUGGAGACUCAUCCCGCAGAAGACGUUAAUGUUAAAGCAGCAGAAACUCCAUUGCUGUCUUUCUCUGAUUCCCUCAAAAAGCAAGAUAGUCCUCCAACAACACACGAUGAUAAGGCUGCAGAGGAGAAGAACAUGUUGACAUCAUUUGGAGAUGCUGUUUUUUCAGUUGUCUCCGGGGGAGAGAGGACCGCACAAGAUUUGAGUUCAGAGGAGGACGAUGACGAUGACGAGGAUGAGGUAGAAGAAGAAGCUGCUUCAAAAAACCCUCCGAGUUUUGAGGAAGGAAAGAAAGCCGUAGAAGAACCACUAUCCGUAGAAUUACCAAAAGAGCCGGAGAACAUAGAGCCUGCCUUGUUUGAUGAUGAUGAUGAUGAUGAUGAUAAUAAUGAUGAUGAUGAUGAUGAUGAUGAUGAUGAUGAUGAGAGUGAGGGAGAAGUGAUCGGACCUGAGAACGCUUGGGAGAAAACUUUAAAACCAACAGAUGAGCCGAUAUACCAUCAAACCGAAGCAAGUGCAAUAUCAGUGGAUCAGGUAUCACAAGAUGAAACCUCUGCCAUUCCGGAGGCUCAAAACUCAGUUAUCAAAACAACAGAUGAACCCUUUGAGGAGGAAGAGGAGGAAGGGUCCAAAGAUUUAGAGGUCAAUAAUGAUAAUAACAGUAGUGAUACAAUGGAGCACAGUGAAGAUUUAGACAAAGAAUUGAAAGAAAACAUAACCCGGACGGAUCAAGAAUUAGCCGAUCCCGAAACUGAAACACAUCCAGACUCGUCCACUGAAGAGAUGCAAUCAAAUAAUUUAGAUGUGAAAGAUCAUGAAAAGACGGUAGAUGACAGCCUACCUAAUCGUAUAAAUGACCAUUUAAAGAAUGAUUUAGAGAGUAAUAACAGUCAACCAGAAUUAUCUGUGGAGGAACAGGAGAUUAUUGAGGAACAUCUUACAGAAGAUUGGAAAGAUGAAGAAGAGAAAGAGAUGGAGGAACGGAAAGAACAGGGGAAAGAAGAAUUACUUGAAGAUGAAAAUGCACUUGAAGAUGAAAAUGGACUUGAAGAUGAAAAUGCACUUUCUUUGUCACAAUCGGACAACACAGACUCUGACGAACCCUCACCUGAAACCGCUCUACCCGCUGUGUCAACUCCAGAGCCAGAAUACAGCGACAGCGUGAUGAGACUGACUCUGCUAAGAGACCACUUCACAGAGGAGAACAUGGAGCGGAUCCAAAAGCUUCUGGGGCUCAGGAAUCUCUUCCAAGUGGAGGCCAUGUUCUCUGACUUGGACACAGAAUUGCAGUCUACCCGUCUCUCAAACACAGGUACCACGCAAGAUGUGGAAAGUGCACUGGAGGGCAUCCUGGAAGCCUCUGAGAACACCAUCCUGGAUCAGAUUGAGAAGAUGCUGGAUAGCCGAGACACAAAGCAGAGUUAUGACCAACAAAUGGACACGAGUAGUUUGGAUGAGGAGGCUGAAAUACUGGAUGGCUUCCAGGAGCUCGCAUUCAGCCUACGGCAGAAGUAUUCAACAGCCAGUGACAGCACGCCUUUGGCAGUAGAAAAAGCAUCAGAUAUUGACCAAGAUGAACACAAUUUAAAUGUAAAAGAUGACACGCCCCACAUUGUUGAAGAAGACAAGGUUGACAGCAUUCCUGAGGCUGAGAAUGAUGACAACCUCACGGUAACAGAUCAUGAGGAAAGGCCAGAAGAAGAGCAGAUAGUUUUGGAUGAGGUGCACAGUGGACCACAUGUCAGUGUGGACGAGGAUGGCGGACACUUUAAUAAAAACAAAGACAAUCAGCUGAGCUUCAGUUCAUUAGACGAGAUGCAGAAGGUCCCUCAAGCCACCCUGGAAAAUCCCUUAGACGUGGGCAUUGGUGGGGAGGUUGAGCACCCACCCUCAGGAUCUUUGGACCCCAUGGAACUAGGGUCUGAAAUUCAGGAUGACAAAGAAGAAAAAGAAGAAGUGGGAUUAUUUUCAACUGGGAUUGUUUACAUGGGCUGCAUCCUUUCGAUGAUGAAGAAUAAAACUGCAGAGUGGACUAUUGAGGUGAUUUCAUUACUGCCAGAAGAGUGGAAGCCAGGAGAAACUUUGUUUGGUUGUCCUUGGCAAGCUGUUGUCAUCACUGCUUUGGUUGGAGUAGUCACCUUCAUCCUCUUCUUCUGGAGGACUGUGUUGGCGGUAAAGAAAAGAGAAUACCUUGUGGAUGAAAAAAAGCUGACAGAGCAAAUUCUGGUGCUCAAAAAGGAGAAAAUUGAUGCUCUCGCCAAAAUGUCGGAACUCGAGAAACAGGCUGAAUACCUAAAAGAAAAUGAAAAACAGUCAAAAGAAACGGUUAGUUCUACAAUGAAAAGGAUGCAAAACCUGGAGAGUAAAGUUUUGGAGGCCGAAACACGGAAUGAACACAUGGCUGAGGAAAAGAACAAAUAUGCAAAACUACUUGAAGACGAGAAGGCAAACUCUCUUCAAAAUGGCACCAGGAUUGAGAAAUUGGAGAAGUCAAACCAGAAGCUACAGCUCAGCAGGAAAAGUGUUCAAGACGCUCUCGCUAAGACUACUGUUCUCCUGGACGAGGCCAAGAUUCGUGAAGAUGCCCGCAAAGUUCAGCACAAAUGUCUUGAGAAAGAUUAUUCAACACUAAAGGAAGAAAAUAAAACGCUUAAGGCAACCAUUAAGAGCUGGGAGGACAAACACAAGGAUCUGAACGAGCAGAUUAAAGUCUAUCAGAAGUCCCAGAAAGAGCUGGAGGACUCGGUGGUGCUCAAAGAUCACAACGUGGAGGUGCUGUCCGAACUUCUGGCAGACCUAGACGCUUGUGAUUUACAAAAAGGUGACACCAAGGUUUUAGCCAAUGGUGAAGUAGCACCUGUGUCUUUUUCAGACAAGAAGACCGCUAUAAAGAACAGGAUCAAACAGAUGAUGGAUGUUUCACGGGUCCAGACCACUCUCACUGUGGUCGAAGAAGAGCGUGAUCGCUUCAUGACUAAACUGCUGAAUGAAGAAAAGACGAGGAAGUCACUGGAAGAACAACACCAGGAGCUGGAGCAUGCUAUUGCAACCCUUAAGAGCGAUAAGAGCCAUGUUGAAAACCAGCUCAAGAUCCUCCAGCAGAAAAACGAAAUCAUGGUUGAAAUGUACCAGCAGAAGGAAAAUGCUUUGCAGCAGAAAUUAACUAAGGAAGAGUUGGAGCGACGCAGCAAAGAGAGUCAGCUGUCUGAGGUGGGAGGGAAAGCUGUGGAGGCCGAGGAGCAGGUGAAAGUCUUACGGCGACGCAUUAAUGAAAUGGAGGAGCAGAUGAAGAAGACGGAGGAAGUCUAUAAAGAGCAGAUUAAAGAACAGGAAAACAAAACUCAUUCAAACUGGGUAAAUGCUCGUAAUGCAGAGCGAGCUCUGAACCAAGAGAAGCUUGAAUCAUCAAAGCUCCGUGAAAAGCUGGCUGUACUUACCUCCCAGCUUAAUGAGCGCCGCGCUCCUCUCUUCAGACCGAACUCUGGGCAGCCUGCAGGCCCUCGACAAGGUGACUCAUAUGGGCCCUCUCCUGUGAGUGGGGGUGCACCAUCCCCUCCAAUAAUGAUAGAGGGUCCAAGGCGCCCUCCUUCUGCCCCAGUGGGGCGAAGAAUUGACCCGUAUGGUCCUCGACCUCCAUCAGACCCACAUGGUCGUUACCCUGAAAACAAACACAUCGCUGGGAUCGACAUGAUGGGCCCCCGCAGCUCAUCACCUGCGAACAUGGAUGGAUCUACACAAGCAGUAGAUCCACAGAUAAAAGCAGAGGCACAGGCUGAGGCCUCCACAGACAGCCCAGAGCCAGGACCUGGAUCCUUCCUUGUGUCUCCAAUCAGGGACUCACCAGGCUCCGUGGUCCAAGGACCUCCCCUCGGCCCUGGACCCCAUGAGCAGCUCCUCCCCCCUGGAUCCCACGUCCGCCUGCCACCUCCUGGGCCUUACAGACCUCCACGACCUGGCCUCUACCACCUCCCCCCGGGUCCUCAUGGUCCUCCUCAUCAUCACGGGCCCCCACUACCAGCCAACGGGCACCCAGGUAUGCCACUUCCUGCACCGAUGGGAGGAGAGUUUGGACCUCGUCCCGCCAACGGACACGCGUUUCACCCCAGGCCAGGCCCUGGACCCAUCAUUGAUCCUCGGGGUCCCCCACCACCACACUUCCGUCCCUCUCCACCUCAUCACUUCGGACCAAUGCCUCCGCCACAUGGUGUCCGUGGACCUAUGGGACCACGUCCCCCCGUCCCUCCUGAAAUGCGCUACCCAGGACCGCGUGACCACACCAGCCCACCAAUGCACCUGCCUCAAGGCGUCCCUCCCCAUCCGUCACAUGGUGAUGCGUAUGGUCACUCUCCACCCGAUGCUCUCCAGAACUCUCACACCGGCCCCGGACUGGACCUGCAUGUGAAGCAGGAGACCCCUCAGGACUCAGCGAGGCCAGCGAUGGUCAAGCCUUAAAGACGCCACCAGCUAUGGCAGGGGACUUGAAUUUACCCAGAACCCAUCACGUUAACAACCCAGAUCCAGUCCAAACAUAGGUCAUGAUUAAUUUUUCAGUUCUAAAAUAAAAGCUGCAAUGGUGUUUGUUAAAAAAAACAAACAUGGUCCUUAAAUUAAAGUAUCAAUAAUUAUGUGUCCGAAAUCAAUGACAUGAGAGGGUUUCCACUAUUUUAAAACGCUUAUUGUGCAAUAAUAAUUCAUUAUAUGCCGAGGAUUUUCAUUUUUGUUCUUUUUAAAAAAAUAUACAUAGCAAUGAUUUUUAAGGGGCAAUUUUUUAAAUGUCAUUUCCUGUGGAAAUUAUUUUGAAAAAGGAGGGAGUUUAGCAUCUAGUAUUUCAGGAAUACCAUAAUUUCCCAAAGCUGUUGCUUUAGAGGCGACUGUAAAGCAAAUGUGUAAUUUGAUGGCCAGAUGUAUAAGUUAUUUUACUAUGUUGGUAGAACUUUUAAUAAUAAAGAAUGUAAAAGCUG